UGCCGGCUGUUGGAGUGAGCAUGCUACGCUUUUGGAGGACGCGGAGGAGCGCCGCCUUGUCGAACGCCCUGUCUAUCGUGGAGAUGAAUGUGCACAUGGACUGCGAGGGCUGCGAGAAGAGAAUAAGGAAGGCCAUGUCCCGGCUCGAAGGCGUGAGCACUGUCGAGAUCGACAUGGACACGCAGAAGGUGACGGUGACGGGGUACGUGGAGCGGCGGAGGGUGCUCCGGGCGGCCGAGUUCUGGCCGUCGCCGUACGACGCCGGGUACUACCCGUUCGCGAUACGGUACCUGGAGGACGACACAUACCUGCCCACGCACAGGUACCACCUCCACGGCUACAACGAUCCGGUGGUGGGCUACUACCCCGGCCACGCCUUCACGCACAUCCUCGACGACCGCGCGCUCGCGCUCUUCAACGACGACAACGUACACGCCUGCACCGUCAUGUGAUCCUCCAUUCCUCCGGAAGAAAUUUACAAAAAAGAAAUGCUAUUAAUAUAGGACGAAGAAUACACGUCAAGUGUUUCUAGCUAAUCUAGGGCAAGGGGAAUAUGCUAUCCUUUGGACUUGACCACCUGAUAGGAACAUAUAUAAUCUAGACGAUGCUGUUCUACAUCACAGGCGAAGGAAAAAUGCUGCGAAAAAACGAAUUAUUCGAAGCUAGUGGACGAUCUUGCUAAGGUAUCUUCUGUAAUCUAAUCUUGUCUCUGGAUUUGACAACAUGCGGAGGGAGUAGAAAAAGAUGCUCUCUGUUCAA